CUCCUAUUCACCCUCUUUCUUUGUUUUUUUUUUUUGUUAUUCAAAAUGAAUAGACGUUUUCAGAAUCUUAAUAAAUAUCGAAACUCCGUUGGAACUAUUUCAAACAAAGAAGUUUGGUAUGCUGAUAUCCCUGUCACCUCCUCAUCAUCUGAUCUUUCCUCCUUAAUUCAAGCAAAUACUUCUUGGCUUGCCAUCAAAUGGGGUAGUGGAUCAAUUGGACUUUUACCUGUGGAUAGACCUGGCAAAAACUGUGCUACUGAAGCUCGAGUAUUUCAUGCGCAUGGAGCUUCUAUAUCGGAUUGGCAUUUUUCUCCCUUUGAUGAUUAUUUAUUAGCUACUGGUGCAGAAGAUUCUAUGAUCAAGCUCUGGCAAAUCCCUGAUAAGGAUGAUACUUUGGACCCUGUUUGUUUAUCUACAUUAACUACUCCUUCAAGACGCAUAGAUAUGAUUCGAUUUCAUCCUACUGCUGACCAGAUUCUCACUACAUUAGGAAACGAUGGCAAAAAAGUAUGCAUUUGGGAUAUUGAAAAAUCAUCAUGUACAAUUGAUUUACUGGAUACUACUCCUAUACACUCCUUCUCUUGGAAAUCAGAUGGAUCACUUUUGGCUACUACUGGAAAAGAUGUUAUGCAGAUUUGGGAUCCAAGGGCACAAGAAAAGCAAAUUCAAGCUGGUAAAGGACAUGAAGGAAUUAAGGGAUCUCGCGUGGUUUGGUUAGGUGAUUCAAAUUAUGUAUUUACAGUGGGAAUGAACAAGAUGCGUAGUCGCCAAUAUGCUGUGUUUGAUUCUCGUGAUGUAUCUAAACCUUUGAUGAUGAAUCCACUGGACACUUCUACUGGAAAUUUAUUACCUCUCUACGAUGAAGACACUGAAACUAUGUAUUUGCUCAGCCGUGGAGAUGCAACCAUCCGUUCAUUACAAUUCAGUGAUCUUGGCACAACUCCUACUGUAGCUGAAAAUAUGGCUUGUGGUACAAACGCUUCUUUACUUGGUGGGACUUUACUUCCGAAAAGAACCUUGGAUGUUAUGCAUACCGAAGUUGCCCGACUUAUUGCUGUUACUGACAAUGCUUUGAUCCCUGUUUCUUAUCAAGUUCCAAGAAAGCAAUACAUCGAUUUUCAUGCCGAUCUCUUCCCUGACACUAAAGGAAAUGUACCUGCUUUAUCAAGUGCUGAAUGGUUUGCUGGAAAAACUGGUAAAGUUGCUACUAUAUCUUUGGAUCCUUCAAGAAAGCAAGCUUCUCCAUCCAUAUCUACCCCUAAUAUCAAGGCCACAUCUGAUAGGACUUCAAACAAACUGACAGAUCAACCAACUCUCACGUCUUCUUGCGCCACCGACGAUCAACAAAAAAAUGGUCAUCUAACCUCACAAACACCAGCAUCAGCUUCUAAUGCUGAAUCGAUAGUGUCAAAUGAUUCAACAAAUGAUCAGCAAAAACUUUCACAUCAUGAAGAAACAAAACCCACUCCUAGCAGCGACUCGAUCAAGAAUGUAAAAGAUCAUCCUAACAUCACGAAUACUACAACCCCAACAACCAACACUUCCAUUGUCACAGAUACUACUGGUAUCACAAAGAAGAAACUACCCAGAUACGGUACCACCAAUACAUCCACCUACAAAUAUAUCAACAGUAAAACGUAUCAUCCAAGCACUCACUAUGACGAUUUGAAAGGACUUGAUAGCAAGCGAAGUAGUACGACAGAAGUGAUUCAAGCUAACGACAAAUUUAUCGCUGUUCCACUUACAGGUCCUGGUGGGCGUAUUGGAGUUAUCUCUACCAUGACUUGCAGAGGUGGUCGUUUACCUAUCCAUAUUCCAAGUGUUCUUACUGGCUCUGAAAUCACUUGUUUUCAAUUUAAUCCAUUUGACCCUUAUAUUCUCACAGUGGCCUCUGAAGAUAGCAAGAUCAGAGUGUUUUAUCUUCCGGAAAAUGGAUUAGAAGAUGAUCUCUCUGAACCCAUGGUUAUUUUACAAGAUCCUCAUAUGGAUAAGAUCAGCCUACUCUCAUACCAUCCUACUUCGAAAAACGUUUUAGCAACAGCAUCACAAGAUCUCCAUCAACCCACCAUUCGAAUUUGGGAUACAACAUCAUCUUCAUCACCAAAAUUGAUCUUACAAGGUGUACAUACUGAACCGAUAUUAGCCAUGGCAUGGCGCCCAGAUGGAAAAGCUAUUGCAACUGUUAGUGCAGACAAACAAUUACGUAUCGUGGAUGCUCGGACUGGCGAAUUGCUUGGUUCAACCCGAAAAGCACAUGAAGGAAACCGUCCAAGUCGUCUUGUUUGGUUGGAUGAUCAUCAAUACUUGGUCAGCGUUGGAUUUGGUCUUGGAUCUAUGCGAGAAAUCCUAUUAUUUGAUACACUGGACAUGUCUGGUACAAUUUUAUCAAAGAAUGCCAUUGAUGUAUCUCCAAGUGUCAUGUCUAUUCACUUUGAUCAUGAUUGUCGAGUACUUUAUGCUGCUGGCAAGGGUGAUCGCAUUAUUCAUUGUUAUGAAUUUGAAAACAACACAGUUUUAACACCAUUGGCUAAAUUGGAAUUUGGAUCAUUACAACAAGGAUUUGCUUUUCUACCCAAACGUUUAUGUAACAUCAAGACAUUAGAAAUCGCCAAGUUUUAUCGAUUGACACCCACCACCAUUGAACCUGUUGGUGUACACGUCCCUCGUGCUAGGCCUGAGUAUUUCCAAGAUGAUGUAUUUAUUCCAACAUUAGAUAUUGAACAUGCAGCUCAAGAAGCAGAAGCUUGGUUCCAAGGAAAAGAUCAUGGAUUACAACGUAUCUCUCUUCAACCGGAUGAUAUGACACCUUUGUCGAAAGCACCUCCUGCAGAACAAGUGAAUCGAUCAAGAGAAAAGUUUGAAUCUGGGAAACGUCAAGUUAGUUUGGAUCAACAACGUCAAGAAACCAUGAAUCGCAUGUUUGCCACCGCGAAAGAUGUCGAUCAAGAGGAUGAACGGCAGCGGCAAAAAGAAAAUCAGCUUGUACUUGAACAAGAUGUGGAUGAAGAUGAAUGGGAUGACUGAAUGGAUUGGUAGAAGAAUUUCAUUUCACUUUGUGUGUACUUUUUUUUUUAUGUUAUUAUUAGAUCUUUUUUUUUUUUUUUUUU